UAAUCGCGUGGUGCAUAUCUGCGGCUUAGAGUGCCGGAAACACUUAUCAGCAAAAUUGAAAUACGACAGUUUAUAAUGUUUACCUCGAGGGGACGUGUGCAAGCGUUAGAACAGUGCCGUUACACCAGUGUUUUUGGGGAUGUUGUGAUACUGAACCAAAGUUUACCUAUGAAAUCUCAGCAAGAGCUCAUUCCUCUGCCCAGUCUGUCGAGGACGCCCUUCAAAGGGCUCUCUAAAUCGCGGGAACAGUCGGAAAUAGAGAGCAAGAGGAGGGCAUCGCAAUUAGUCGACGAGCUACUUUUGCAAAUUUAUCACAGGAAUAAGUGUUUGAGUUGCAGUGGAUAUACUUCAACUACAUCAUUAAGGUCGCAAACUAGUUUCAGCAAAUACUCAUCUUCCGACCUUGAGGAAAAAAGUGUUGUCGAACUUUCGGCGCUAAUACAGCAAUUGGAAAACCAUGUUAUUCGCAGCGGCUGUGCUUUGGUACGAAAACUCAAGCGUCGCGAUGCGCUGCGUCGUCAGAGAGAGGCCCACUGUGACGUCAUCAGUAACCACCUUCAUAAACAUAAUGGAUUUAAUAGUCACGCUCUAUUUACAAAUAGCGUUUUAGGAAAUAAUAUCAUUAGUUAG